AUGGACUGUGAAGAAGAUGUUUGCUGGGUCUGCUUGGAAGGAGCAAGCGAAGUUUCUGGUGUGCUGGAGCAUCCAUGCGCCUGUCCACGAGGAGUUCACGCGAAAUGCCUAGCACGAUGGCAGCUUCAAUCAGCUGGCCGAGAUGAAGAACGCUACUGCCGUUUCUGCAAAUCGGAGCUGCCGGACUGGCGCGACAUCCUCACACCAAAAGUGCCGGCAGCACCACCGGUCAUGGCGAUCGUCUACGACGGCAAGGUGAUUCGAUUGCAAGUAAAGCCUGGUCGCGAAGGCAUGUUGGAGUUCCAGCGCCAGGUCCGUCGCGCCUUCAACCUUGGUGAAGAUGUCGAGCUAGACUGCGUCUUCGAUUGCAGAGCUCCAGGGACAGGCGAAAAAAUAAAGCUGCGGGGUCUGGAGUCGUAUUCCGCCGCCAUGCAUUGCGCCGCCGUCGCUGCCGGGGAGCGCAUUGCC